AUGAAUCACUCUGUUAAUCUAAUUUACAACGAUAAUCUUAUGUCUCCCUUAGAUGCUUCCAAAUUAAUUAUACAGAAAACAACCACUCCUAAUGAAAAAUUAGCCAAUGAUAAAUUAGUCUUUGGAAAGACUUUCACUGAUCAUAUGUUGGAAAUUGAAUGGACAGCUGAAAAUGGAUGGGGAACUCCAACUAUUAGUCCUUAUCAUAAAUUAACCUUGGAUCCUUCUACUAUUGUGUUACAUUAUGCCUUUGAAUUAUUCGAAGGUAUGAAAGCUUAUAGAGAUACUGAUAAUAAUAUUAGAACUUUCAGAGGGGAUAAAAAUAUGAUUAGAAUGAAUAAAUCAGCUGAUAGAAUUUGUUUACCAACAUUUGAAGGGGAACAAUUACAACAAUUGAUUGAUAAAUUAUUAGUUCUUGAUGAAUCCUUCGUUCCAAAAGGUCAAGGUUAUUCUCUUUAUUUAAGACCUACUUUAAUUGGAACAUCUGAAUCUUUAGGGGUAAGUGUUCCAGAUCGUGCUCUUUUAUUCGUCAUUGCCUCCCCUGUUGGUCCUUAUUAUGGAACUGGAUUCAAACCAGUUAGUUUAGAAGCCACUGAUUAUGCUGUCAGAGCUUGGCCAGGAGGUGUUGGAGAUAAAAAAUUAGGUGCCAAUUAUGCUCCAUGUGUUAAACCUCAAUUAGAAGCUGCUAAAAGAGGUUAUCAACAAAAUCUUUGGUUAUUCGGUGAUGAAGGCUAUAUCACUGAAGUUGGUACUAUGAAUGUAUUCUUUGUAUUUAAAACUGAAGAUGGUAAAAAUGAAUUAGUCACUGCUCCAUUAGAUGGAACUAUUUUAGAAGGAGUUACAAGAGAUUCAGUAUUGGAAUUAGCUAAAGAUAAAUUACCUUCUGAUCAAUGGAUUAUAAGUGAAAGAAAAUUCACUAUAAAAGAUGUAGCUGAAAAAGCAGCAAAAGGUGAAUUAAUUGAAGCUUUUGGUGCUGGUACUGCUGCAGUUGUAUCUCCAAUUAAAAGUAUUGGUUGGAAAGAUCAAGAAAUUAAUGUACCUUUGGCUGCUGGUGAUUCAGGUGAAUUAACUAAACAAAUUGCUGAAUGGAUUAGACAAAUUCAAUAUGGUGAAGUUGAAUAUAAAAAUUGGUCAAGAGUUGCAAAAUAA